AACUUUCACAACCCAUUACUACUAGUGCGGCCCGGACGUCAACGGGUCUUAACCUCUCUCUCUCUCUCUCUCUCUCUUGUCUCGAGCUUAACUCCUACGGUCCUUCCACGUAGAAAUGUAGUAAAUCUCUAGUUCGAUCAUGUACUGUGAAAUCCUUAGAGCUCCGAUUUGCUUUUCUCGCUGUCGAUGCUCUACGUCAAUUCGGGAUAAGAGCAAAAGGAGCAUCUCAUCUCCAGUGAAAAUGAGGAUGGUAGGAUUGACCGGCGGAAUAGCGUCAGGGAAGAGUAUAGUCUCCAAUCUUUUCAAAUCCCAAGGAAUUCCCGUUGUUGACGCCGAUCUUGUUGCUCGCGAUGUUCUAAAGAAAGACACAGGUGGUUACAAAAAGGUUGUUGCAGCAUUCGGAGAGGAUAUCUUAGAAGCUAAUGGAGAAGUGGAUAGGCCAAAACUCGGUCAGAUAGUAUUCUCUGAUCCUGCAAAACGUCAACUUCUUAAUCGGCUUUUGGCUCCUUUUAUUUCUUCUGGUAUCUUUUACGAAAUUUUCAAGCUGUGGUUGAAGGGGUAUAAUGUAAUUGUCCUUGACAUCCCACUGCUAUUUGAGACCAAGAUGGAUAAAUGGACAAAGCCGGUUGUUGUUGUAUGGGUUGAUACUGAAACACAGCUUCAGCGGCUUAUGGGAAGAGAUGGAUCCUCAGAGGAGGAUGCCAGAAAUAGAAUAAAUGCACAGAUGGCCCUGGAUUUGAAAAGGUCCAAGGCUGACAUUGUUAUUGAUAACACUGGCUCAUUUGAGGACUUGGAGGAACAAUUCAAGCAGGUACUAUUGCAGGUUACUAGGCCUCUGACUUGGUCUGAAUUCUGGCUUUCAAGACAAGGUGCCUUGACUUUACUUGCAUCCACUGUAGUUGCGCUUGUUGUGUGUAAAAAUAUUCACGGGAUAUUAUAAUAAAAAUUUUCAAACUUGUAGAACUUCUAAGAAA